AAGGGGUGUGGAAAGAGCUGAGCAAGGGAGGCUGAAGGAGCGGGCUCAUAUAAAGAGAGACAAAACACAAACCAGGCUUUAUCCUUCUUGUCUGUCCUGCUCUCUCAGACCUCACAAGAGAACCUCUGACUUUCUGACCCAACAGCUCGCCCUCACUUCCCACCAUUUUUUUCCUUCAGGCACACACACAGAAAGUCCCGCCAGACGUGCCGAAGCCGACCUGAGAGGAUGGCUGCAUCUAUUUGGAAAAUGAAUGGGUUCUGCAGAACCAUAACUGGAGUUCUGCUCCUCUGCGCUCUAUUGUCUAGCAGCGAGGUGACGUAUCAAACUGCAACAAGCACAGCUGGUCCAAAUAAUGGGACCAAUGGCUCUACUACUGCUACCAGAACCACUGCUGGACUACAGUUAAGUACCUUACAGUGGAAUGAACCCAGUGGAGGUUCUCCAACUUCUGCUGCUACUCCAGCUGUUGUCACAAUGAACAAAAGCAACAAUGAGGAUAGAGGUUCCUCGGUGGACACCAAUGGCACAUUCUCAAAUAACACCACACCGAUUCAUCCAAUUGUGUCUGAAGUUAAGUGUGUUGGAAAGGGGGAAAUCAAAAGUGGUGUCAAGGAUAAAGUAACAGAAACAAAGGACUGUUUGGGUUCGACAAAUGUUGAAAUUCCACCAUCAUCUGGUUCUUCUGUAUUUGUGGGAAUCCUGGUCACUGGUCUUCUUGCUGCCCUUGCAAUCAUUGUGGGGUACUUCAAGUGUCAACAGAGGCCUGAUACUAAGGGGGCAAAGCUGGAAGAGGAAGCCUACCCAGUGGAUCAGGAGAAUCAGGGGAACACCCUUGCAUCUGAGGCCCCUCUGAACCCCCCUCAAGAAACUCAGGAGAAACCCAGCAUUAAUGGAGAGUCCCCCGAGGCAGUGAAGACCGAGACCUCUCCACCCACCAACGGACACUCCACUGCAAAGACGGCAGACACAGAGCUGUAAAACCACCCCACAACUGCUACAGUCCAGGAACUUCCUCCCGCUAAUACAUUUAUCCACAUAGAUCCAAACAUGCCCACACAAAGAAAUUUGGUAUCUCAUCCUGCUCAACCACAGAGGCUACAGCAAAGGAAAAAGUGGAUAUCAUAAUAACCACUCUUAGAGCUACAGCUUUGCUACAGUCCUCUUCCUCUUAGGCUGUUUGCCUUAAUAAACAUCAGGAAAACUAGUCUGACCAUGAUAAUAUUGGCAGAGAAAAAUGAUACUGAUGGAAGAUGGAAGACUCAGUCCCUUGGUUUCUGAUGGCAGUCAGAGUGAGAUCACCAAGAGGAGGUUGGCAGUUCUUUUUCUUACAUUUAUCAGCACCGACUCUUAUGACUGCAGCCAGUGACAUGCUGUUGAAUCCAACAGAGUCUAACAAAUUUCAUCUGGUUUAAAUCACUCCAAAUAUAAAUCCUGUUUUACACGAUAAACACGUGAAUAAAAAUGUCUAUAAAACCUUUCCAUGUUAAGCCAGAAAAGACAAAACAAGAAGCGAAAUCUGUUUACAAACCUGUCUGACAAGAAACACAUACUGUACAUGUUCAAAUGUUUGCUAAAUGUGUGUUAACAUUUAUUUACUGUAGAUCUGCGCCAUUCAUAGGCUGUAUAUAUCAGUACAUGCAUCCAGGCUUGUCUUUCAUUCUGUACCUUAUCUUUGAGGUCUUGAUAAAGUGUGUAAGAUUUUUUGAGUUAUUUUUGGAAUAAUUCGUGUGAAUAUGAAUGUUACAUUAGCAUUGUAAUCUGUACAGUUUUUUUUUUUUUUAUUAGUUGAUGGUUAAAUGAGCAGCAGUGGAAAUUGAAGUUUCUUUUUGUACUUUUUGAACCAUGAGGAAGCUGCCCAAUCAAACCAUGGGUUGUUCAAUCAAAAAGAGAAAAGACCAACCGACAAUCACUGUCAGCUUUUUUGUCAUGUUUGUCAGUGUUACUCUGGUUUUAGUAUAAAACUGUGUUGUUUAUCCACUUCGCAUAUGUAUUUGUGCCUAAUAUGUCAAUUCAUGACCCACAUUGUUCUAAAAAAUAAGAUUUGUUCCAACUAAACAAUGUUUAAUGUUGUUCGAACUGAUUUUGAUAUACGAUGUGAGUGAUGGAAACCGAAGUCAAAUUCCUUGUUUGUGCAGACAAACAUGGCCAAUAAAGUUGAUUCUGAUAAAAAGUUUGAUCUUCACUAUACUUAAAGAUUGGGAUGAUUGUUUUUUAUUGUUUAUAAUUCCUUUGAUGUUGUUUUGGGGUUUGUAUUUUUCUUCUUUGGAAAUGUUUUGUAACAACUUUUAAAAUACAGUUCAGAUUGUGUAAUGCCAACAUCAAAAAGCAAACUGAAAAAGGCUUGAAUUUUGUAAAAAAAAAAAAAAAAAAAAGUAAUAAAUAAUCACCUCCUGCUUCUUUA